AUGCAGCGCCAGCCGUUUGCACCGCCGGCUCAGUCCCCCGAGCUCUUCCACCCACGACCGCAGCACAUCUCACAAGUCCCUCAUCUACGCUCUCCUCCACCACCCGUCCCAUCGCAGUCGCAGUCCCAGCCACAGGUUCAGCCGCAAGCAAAUGCCUGGGGUAACCCCUACCAACAAUCGCCGCCAAAUGGCUUCCAACAAAAUAAUUUUGGCGGCUUCGUCAACGAUCCGACGGCGCAGAUGGGCUUCCAGGUCGGCCAGCACGCUGUAGCAGCCGGCCAGAAAUAUAUCGACCAGAACUUGAACCGCUACAUCUCGGUCCCAGCGCUCAAACAUUACUUCAACGUGUCAAACAGCUAUGUGGUGCGAAAACUGCUCCUCGUACUAUUCCCCUGGCGGCACAAGCCUUGGACACGGCAGUCGGCGCGCAGUGGGGAUUCAGCCAGCGCUCAGAUGAACAGCGCGCCACAAACAUUCAAUUACCUGCCGCCGCGAGAUGAUCUCAAUUCGCCAGACAUGUACAUCCCGAUCAUGGCCUUCAUCACGUACAUUCUGCUGUCGACCGUCCUGGCCGGUAUGCGCGGCAGCUUCCACCCCGAACUACUCGGCAGCACCACCUCCACAGCCUUGGGAGUGGUUCUUUUCGAGAUUGUCGUCCUUAAAAUGGCCAUGUACCUCCUCAGCAUCAACAACGACAGCCAGCUACUUGACUUGGUAGCUUACAGCGGUUACAAAUUCGUCGGCGUGAUCAUCACGCUCUUUCUCUCCGAGAUCCUCACCGCUGGGCAAGGUACAAACAACUGGGCAGGAUGGACUUUCUUUCUGUACACUUGGUACGCCAACGCCUUCUUCUUGCUUCGUUCGCUGAAGUACGUUCUUCUUCCCGACAGCAGUAACGAGCCCGGCAUUCGCGCAGGCGCUUCUUACACCACACAUCGCGCACAGAAGAACCGACGAACUUAUUUCCUGGCCAUCUAUGCUUUCCUGAUCCAGAUGUUCUUCAUGUGGAUCUUAAGCAGAGAGGAGAGCGCUUACAAGACGGUAGCGAAUUCUCUGAGCAAUUCUUGA